AUGCCUUCCACAAAUAAUAAGGACAAGCCGUGGGAUCGGGAUGAUAUUGACAAGUGGAGGAUCGAACCCUUUACAGCUAAAGACAACGCUGGCGGCCCAUUUGCCGAGGAAUCAAGUUUCAUGACCCUGUUCCCACGUUACAGAGAAACUGCGCUGAAAGAGUCAUGGCCUCUAGUCACUCGAGCCCUUGAGAAGCUCGGUAUUGCUUGUACUCUUGACUUGGUUGAAGGUAGCAUGACGGUUAAGACAACUUUGAGAACCAGCGAUCCCGCGUCCAUUCUCAAGGCCAGGGACUUAAUCAAGCUGUUGGCGAGAAGCGUCCCUGCACCUCAAGCUAUGAAGAUACUUGAAGAUGGGAUUGCUUGUGACAUCAUCAAGAUCCGGUCUCUCGUAGGUUCACGCGAACGCUUUAUUAAACGUCGUCAGCGCAUUCUUGGCCCAGAGGGGACAACUCUGAAGGCCCUUGAGCUACUGACCAAAACCUAUAUUCUUGUCCAUGGAAAUACAGUUUCUGUCAUGGGUCCCUACAAGGGAUUGAAGGAGAUUCGACGAGUCGUGGAGGACUGUAUGGCCAACAUCCACCCCAUCUACCACAUCAAGGAAGCUAUGAUCAAGCAGGAGCUCGCAAAGGACCCCGAGCUUGCUAAUGAGAGCUGGGAUCGCUUCCUACCCAACUUCAAGAGGAAGACACUAAGCCAGCGACGUGUCCCUCAUAAAGUCAACGACAAGGCCAAGAAGGUCUACACACCAUUCCCGCCAGCUCCCGAGAAGAGCAAAGUCGAUAAACAGAUUGAGUCUGGCGAGUACUUUCUGGGCAAGGUCGGCAAGGAGCGUGCUGCUCAGGAGGAGCGCAGGGAGAAACAAAACAAGCGAAAGGAGGAGAAGGCAAAGGAGCGCGAGGCCGACUUUGUUCCACCAGAGGAGGGCCGUCCCAAGAAGAAGCGCAAGAAGACAGAAGAGUAA